AUGGUGAGUGCCCACACUUACAGUCAUGGUAAUAUUCAACGCUCUUUUAGGGUGGAGAAGUACAGGCCUGUGACACUGGACGAUGUCGUAUCGCAUAAAGACAUCACAAACACGAUCGAACGAUUUAUCGAGAAGAAUAGGCUACCGCAUCUGCUGUUUUACGGACCCCCGGGAACAGGGAAAACAUCAACGAUCCUAGCGGUGGCGAGGCGCAUCUAUGGGGCACAGUACCGUAAACAGAUUCUGGAGUUGAACGCGUCUGAUGAACGUGGAAUUGAUGUUGUCCGCGAACAAGUGAAACAGUUUGCAGAAACACGCACAUUAUUCGCCAAAGGCUUCAAGCUCAUCAUUCUCGACGAAGCCGACAUGAUGACGCAGCAAGCUCAGGCCGCUCUUCGUCGCGUCAUUGAACAAUAUACCAAGAAUGUCCGCUUUUGCAUAAUUUGCAACUACGUAAACAAGAUUACACCAGCUAUUCAAAGUCGCUGCACGCGCUUCAGGUUCUCGCCUCUUCCGGCCAUUGAAGUUGAGAAGCGGGUAAAGACUGUUGUGGAAGCUGAGCAGGUGUCAUUAACCGACGAUGGGAAGAAGGCUUUACUCAAACUGUCUCGCGGUGACAUGAGACGAGCACUCAACGUUCUUCAAGCAUGUCAUGCUGCGUAUGAUACCAUUGGAGAAACCGAGAUUUACAAUUGUACUGGUAAUCCUCACCCCUCAGAUAUUGAAGCCAUCGUCAAUUCAAUGUUGGCGGAUGAAUUCACUGCGUCAUACCAGAUGACAUCCAAGAUGAAAACUGAAAGGGGGCUUGCUUUACAAGAUCUCCUGACUGGCGCAUACGAAUACCUGGAAACCAUUGAUAUAAAACCUCACGCUAGAAUAUACCUGCUUGAUCAUCUAGCCACCACAGAGCACCGCCUUUCGACGGGCGGUAGCGAAAAAAUGCAAUUGACAGCAUUGUUGGGCGCUUUCAAAAUCGCCAUCGAAUUAUCAACAAAAUCUGCCUGA